GCUCUGCACGGCACUCGAGCUACGCCGGCCACGGCCACGACGAGUUCGACCAGCUCGACAGCACCCGCCAGCACAAGCAGAACCGCUACGACCAGCACCUGCCAGUGCCCGGCCAGCGGCGGCGACGCCCAGAGUGCCAGUACUCCCUCGACGUGGAGAUGGCGGCGGCAGCGGCGGCAGUGGACGAGGAUGCGCAGACCAAGCCAGUGGAUGCCAAGGCGCCAGGAGGCCCGAAGAGAGCACAGUGGCGCCUCCACCUGGGCUCCUCCCAGGACUCGCAAGGAUCUGGGCCAAGCUCGGCGCAGCCCCGCGUGGAGGCAGCCCCACCGCUAGCCAAGGCCAGGCUCCAGAGGCCGCCAGCCCACCACCACGACCAGCCUCAGGACUGGGAGAUGGGCGGCGUCGAGGGCGAGGUGCGCGACCGCAAGAAGACGGCGCACUGGGGACGCAUGGCCACGUCAGUGUCCAUCGAUACGUGCACUAUGCCAGCCGUGCACCCCGCGGUCACGAAGACCAGCGCAGAGCUGGAUGGCCACAAGGCGACACUCGACACGCUGCACACCCAGGGCAUGGGCCUCGCGGCCCUGGAGGGCUUGCAGUGCAACAUCGGGGGCGCAGCCAAGCGCGAGCUGAAGGCGUACCUCGACAAGUGUCAGCCCGAGCUGGAGAUCAGUUUCAUCAGGCUGGAGAAGUGCUACGACGCGCAGAAGAUGAAGACCUCGUGGGCGCGCCCACCUGGGAAGGACGCGGGCUAA